CUAGCAGGGAGCAGGGGCCGGGGCAGCGCCGGAGAAGCACCAGAGCCGGGGCAACGCCGGUGAAGCGCCGGAGCCGACGGGAAGCGUCCGCUUCGUGGGCGUCCACGGCGUCCUCCGGCGGGAGCGGGAGCACGUGCGCGCUGUCGACGAAGGCGGCCAUGGCGGCCGCUUCGGGCACAGAGGAGAUGCGGGCACUCAUGAAGCAGCGCCGGGCCAAGCGGAUGCUCUCGAAGACCUCACCGCGCAGGCUCGCGCUGCCCUGCCAAGCUCGCGAUGCUGCUGUCGCAUGCAUGCAUGUGAUGUCUACACGUUGGCCGGGUGCUUGCUAUUUUGCUUACUGGAUUGCAGUCUCGCACGAACGCGCACCAGUAGAAGAAACAUGGGAGCACAUAGAUGCAAUUCUUCCGCUGCUGCGUCCGGUCGCCCCCGGCCUUGCCUCGCCGCAGCUUCGCCUCGCCGCGCCGCGGCUGGCCGGCACUUGCGGCACCCACGCCGCCGCCACUGCGCUCUUGUCUGGCGACGAGCCACAAGCAGCACCCGUGCACGGGCGGCGAGCGCACAACCUAGAGCACGGGCGGGGGCGUGACCAAGCUGCAGGCGGG